AUGCCGACGUCUCAACCUCCCCUCCGCCUCACGUCCCACAAGUCCCUCACCUCCAGACUUGUUCUCUCCACCCUUCUCGGCCGUGCCAUUCACAUCGACCAAAUCCGACCCAACUCCCCUACAAACCCAGGUCUCGCACCGUACGAGAUCUCCUUCCUCCGUCUCCUAGAAUCCGUAACCAAUGGGUCCCACAUCGAAAUUUCAUACACGGGUACCAUCCUCCUCUACAAACCCGGUUUAAUCACGGGUUCUGCACCAGGAAGUGGCGCCUCGAGUUCAGGCGUGUUACGGCACGACAUUCCGGCCAACAAUACACGGGGGCUAAGUUACUUUCUACUGCCGAUAUGCCUCCUUGCACCGUUUAGCAAGGCCAAGUUCAAUAUCUUGUUCACCGGACCUGGCGUAAUCACCAGCUCCACGGAGAGAUGGGGCGAUAUGAGCGUGGACAGUGUUCGGACUGCGAUUCUUCCACUCUAUGCGAGGUUUGGAAUCGAAAGAGAUAUUGAACUAAGGCUUCUCAAGAGGUCUAAUACUGGAUCGGGCGGAAUGGGCGGUGCAGGAGAAGUCCAACUUCUGUUUGGUCAUCAAAUUCGUCUACCAAAGACACUACAUCUGCUCAACCCCGGGCGUGUGAAAAAGAUCAGAGGCGUGUCAUAUUCUACGGGUGUGAGUGGAAGCAACAAUGCAAGAAUGAUAGAAGCAGCUCGUGGAGUGCUGAAUCAGUUUGUGGCCGAUAUCUACAUUUUCUCCGAUGUGAGCAGUGCCAGCUUGGUACCUGCGCCAGAGAAAAACAAUCCAACAGCAAAGAAGAAAGUGGGUUUAGGAUUUGGCUUGUCUUUGGUAGCAGAGAGUUCAACUGGGUGUCUGUAUUCUGCGGAUUGGGCCAGUCCACCUGAAGGAGGGACACCACCUGAAGACAUCGGCAGAAUGUGCGCCUUUCAACUUCUAGAGAGCAUUGAGAGAGGCGGUUGCGUGAGUCUCGAGGCUGCCUCGACCAUCAUUACGUUAAUGGCUAUGGGAUCUGAAGAUGUCGGAAGAGUACAAAUUGGACAAGAUGUAUUGGCAAACGAGCAUAUGAUCCAAUUGGCGAGAGAUCUCCAGGUCUUUGGAACUGCAGGCUGGGGCAUUAGAGAUGCCGACAGUGAGAAAGGUGAAGGACAGCUCUUGGUCAGCGUGGUAGGAAGAGGAGUUGGGAAUGUCGGACGGAAAAUUGGAUGA